GAACAAACAUUAUUUUGUAUGGAGUUCGUAACAUUCAGUGUACCAACAUUCAGAAAAACGUUGAGGUACCAACACAACAAAACGAACUUGGUACUUAGUACUUCCGAUAAUUGACACAACAUGGCUGCCGCCUUUGUGCAAAUUUUUGUGUUGUGAUUAUUCUGUUUGUUUUUUCCUUUUUCCUUGUGAUUUCGGAAUUUAACCUAAUAGAAUAAUUUAUUUUAUUGUGUGUUUAACGUUGAGUCGAGCAACUGUUCCUCCGUUUCAUCUUUACGUGGUUUUAUUGAGACAUUGACUCUGUUAGUGUAAGUGAUUCUUGUGAGAUAUUUGACUCUUUUAUAUUAAUUUGUUAUUAUUACAACCUAUUACCGAGACAGUGACUCUAAGUUUGUGUCUGUGAAUACCUUGUACAUCAUCAUGGGCAAAGGUCACAGACGUUGUGAAAUUUGCCAUACGAACGAAUCUUGGCCUAAUGCUAACAAACUACAUUUUUCCAAUUUUCCCCUGGAUCAAAAUCGGUGAGUACCUACUUAUUACCCAUUGUUAAUGGAAAUGUGAAUUAAUAAUUCAAUUCAUCGCUUAUACGAUACUUUCGAACCGUUAAUUAAGAUUAGCUGAACUCAAAUAAAGUUUUAUAACAUGAAAGGACCAUGAGCACCUUGGUAUGCAAAUUGAAUGUUCAUCCGACAGAAAUGAAAUUUUUAGUAAAUUACGAGUUUAUAAUGUAUGGAGUUGUUGAGAAAAUCACACUUUAAAUGUUUGGAAUUUAGGUUAUCAAUCACUUAAUUUCGUUAACUUCGUUAAUGAUACAAUCAUCACUGUAGUACUUGAAUUGAUACAUCAAACAAAACAUCAAAUCUUUUACCCACUGUAAAGGUACACAGAGAUGUACGGUCGCAAGCAGGUUAACCUAUUCUUUUCUGUCAAAAUUACAUUUCUAACUUAUUGUAUUGAUAUUGUCGAAAAUCCCAUUAAUGACUGUAUAAUAACUCUACAAUUAUAAAAAGGACUGACCUUUUGCGAGUUAUGGUACUAUCUGCUUAUAAGGAGAACGAUUUUAUUUAUUUUUUAAAUAUAAACUUUAAGCCUCUGUAUACUUCUGUAUUAAAAUAUAUGUAGGGAAUAAUAAGUUUUUGGUUUUUACAGUCACCAUUUACAGUUUAAUACGGUCACCAAUUACAGAUUAACUCACAUUUUUUAAUAAUAAAGUUCUAACUUAAGACUAAAAGAAAUAAUGUGCGUUAAUAUUCGAACACCGCACACAACUAUAGAUGUUGCUAAUGCUGGGGUAAAAUUUCUUUAAGCGAGCGAGUGAGGUUUUUGUGUUACAUGUAAAUAAUGUUUAUUAGCAUCAUCGUGAACACAGAAGUGAAAUUUAAAUGCAUGUCCUUAUUGGAAUAAAAUUCUUUAAAUGCUUAUUAUCCACCUGUAAGACCGUUUUGUAAAUAAAUAUAAAGUAGUAAGAGUAUGAUACAAAAUUGUAUGUUUAUAUAUUUUGGUAUUACAUAGUUUGGUAGUUAUUAAGAGUAAACAUUAAUUUUUUGUGUUUCAGUUGCCGAGACUGACUAAAAGCAAUUGGAAAUGAAGAAUUGGUUCAUCUACCAAUAGAAAAAUUGCAUGAGAACCGAAGUGUUUGUGCUAACCACUUUAGAAAUCAGGAUUACAACAAAAAAGGCAAUCGUCUGAAAAGAAAUGCAAUCCCAACUUUAAAUUUGACGGCCUUACUUCUCACUGAUGUACAAUUGGCAGAAUUUCCACAGCAUGUGUUUAAAUAUUCAGGAUCAAAAGAUCUUCUUCCUCAAGUACAGCCAGUGCCAUCCACGAGCCAACAAUCAAGAACUUGAAUCCUUAUGGAACUGAAUCAAAAAGAUCUUCUUCCUCAAGUACAGCCAGUGCCAUCUACGAGCCAACAAUCAAGAACUUCAAUCCUUAUGGAACUGAAUCAAAAAGAUAUUUUGCCUGAAGCAGUGCCAUCCACGAGUAAGCAAUUGAGUCAGAUCUCUGUGGAGCUGUCUCAAGAAGAAAUACAUACCCUUUCUACUGUUGAAAAUCUGCCUGAGAAAAUGCCUAAUUUAACGAUAAGGGAGAAGCAAUUGAUGGAGCGCCUGAAAAAAACAAAAUGCAGCCUAACAGCACUUAGACGUAGCGCUAAUCUUUUAGGUAAAUUGGAGUCAGGCGUCUUAAAAGAAAUAGUUCUGUAGGCGUUGGCAAAUUAAAAAAGAAAGGCCAACGGUUGCCGUUGGACAUCAAAAAAUAAAAUAUGAGCCUUAGCUAUAUUUAAGAGAUCACCAAAAGCCUUUCGAUAUCUGCAGCAGCUAAUGCCACUACCAAGUGUAAAAACGUUGCAUAAUGUUUUUAAAAAAAUAUCAGUCUCCACUGGUGUAAACAAAUCUGUUACAAAACAUUUAAAAAAAAUCUGUAAAUAUGGAUAAAAAGACAAGUACUGUGGUCUAUUUACUUUACAUAUUUGACGAGAUUGCUCUAAAACGACGUCUCUUUUUUAAUAUUAGUACAGACAAGGUUGAGGGUUAUGAAGACUAUGGCCCGGAAGUAGAACGUGGUUCUCAACUGGCUGACCAUGCAUUGGUCUUUAUGUUGCAAGGUAUACGAGCAAAGUUUAAGCAGCCAAUAGCUUUUUAUUUUGUUAAGGGUACAGUUUCCUACCAAAAACUAGCCUCAAUUAUAAAAGAAAUUAUCAUGGUUGUUGAAGAUACUGGAUUCAAUAUAUUAACAACAAUCUGUGAUCCCUAUAUUUUGGCUCCACGUGCACUUUAGUGAUUUUGCUGAGGUAUAAGAGGUUUCUAUUUUUUUCCUCUGCUUGUAACAAAUGCUCCCAUUUAGCCUUCAUUCCAGACAUAUACAUUUCCCCAUAUUUGAGGAAAUAAUUUAUAAUCGAUUUAAAUAAAUGAGGUAUAUCAUAAACAAUGUAAUUUUUUCCAUUUGAGUAAGUAAAAUAGUUGUCAUUUUCGUUAAUUGGAGAAAGUGAUAAUGAUUUUAAUAGUUUCAGGGUCCCCAUGUUUGUAGGAAGGGUCCUAAAAACAGGAGGUCACAGAUUGUUGUUAAUAUAUGGAAUCCAGUAUCUUUAACAACCAUGAUAUUUUCGGCUCGAAGUACAGGAUUAGGAACGGGGUGGUUUUUAGCCAGUAAAAGUCUGAUCCACCUCAUCCAGGCGGCCGAAGUCAUUAAAUGAUUUCCCCCCCUUAAAAAAUACCUUUCAACGUAAAGACCAAUGCAAGCAAUGCAUGAUCAGCCAGCGUUUGAAUAUUUCAGCGUAAAUGAUUUAAAUGUAAAGGUCGAUUGUCAGAAAAGUGGCAUUGUAAGAAAUAACUUCUGUAUCUAAUCUGCAAUAUAUGGUGAAUGUAUUAAGUAAAUAAAUAAAUAAGUAAAAUUAUAUAAAAAUAGUGUUUUUUUUUUCCUAAUUUUCAAAAUAUAUACUUUUGUGCAAGAAUCCUAUAUAAAAGCAUGCUUAAUAUUUCAUCGAUAUCGAUGAAAUCUGAAUAUCGAUACGUUGCCCAUCCUUAUUCGUGACAGUUACUCUUUUCAAGGUCAUGGUUGUCACUGUCAUUGGUAAUGUUGGUAGCAUUGUGUGGUUGGCUAAGCGCCGUUACGAACUCUCAAAAAAUUGAAUGUACUAAGAUCCGCCUCUU